AUGGCCGACUCUGACUCUUCUUCAUUGUCUUCUGCGCCGUCCUCCGACGAUGAGGAAAUGGUACAGAAAAUGUCGUUGAAGCCUACGGGAUUGGAUCGAUAUUUCAAGCCGGCGCCCAAGCCUGAAGCCACCCCCGAACCUCCCAAACGCGCACCCUCACCACCCCACGAGUAUACUUUGGCCGACAACCCGGCGAUUGCCUUUAUUGUUAUGUUCAGAAGCCGAUUCAGCGACGUGUUUCCCAAAUCUCUACCGAACUACGGCCCGCAGGACAUUGAAAGAGGGGUGGCCGGAGAACUUCCCGACGAGCAAGUAGAGAGACUAUUAUGUGCGCUCUUGGGUCUUGUCUUGAACAGAAAGAAGGAUGUCGAACGCGGACACUAUGGCCGGGCACUUGAAGAUGCGCUCUCUGCGAACCACAGUCAAUGGCCGACCGAGUGGAAGGGAGUCAACCCUCUCCACGGAGGGAAAAGUUUCAACAACAUGAGCCCUGAGGAACGGCUGAGCCUGCUAAAAGCCCUUGUUCUCUGGUCUCUCAAUUCCUCCGAAGCCGUGCAAGCGCUCAUCAAAGAGUCAUACAAGCAGACACGUCGGGACGACGACCGAAACCAGCCACGAAGCGUUCAACCUUGGUUUUCCGACCAAUAUCGCCGAAAGUAUUGGCUCAUUGAAGGACAGGAUGACUCGCACUUUCGAAUUUACAGAGAAAAUGACGGCAAGACUGCAAAGACAAACACAUGGUUCAGCGUUGCUGGUUCCAUCCCCGACGUCAUGGUCCUAGCAGACAAGUUCGCCGACGAACAUAGUUCCAAUUCCAAAGUGAUUAGUGACAAGUUGAGGGCAGCCAUUCCAAGAUUUGAGGCUGGUGAAGAGAAGCGCAGACGUCGCGACUAUCGCCUUGCCCGAAAGGCCGCUUUCGCUCGACCGGAGCCCGGAUUUUCACUAUACGAGGGACGAACACGUGGCAAGAGAAUGAGAUAUACAUAUUCAGACGAGGAAUAUGGGUCGGACGGACUCUCCAGCAAACGAUCCGCGCGCAAUUCAGGUAUCUCUACCCCUUUGGAGACCGGACCGACCGUGACGGCCAGUGGGAGACACGUCAAGUCGAGGGUGGGUGGUCUGUACGGAGAGAGCAUGUUGAUCGACCAGCGCAAGGAGCUGGAAAGAGCGACUGGUGAAGGCAACUUUACAGAAACAAGUGAGGACAUGCCCAACACCAUGCCCAUUUCGCGUGGAGUAAGAACAUCGAGGUCGGGAAGACAAGUCAAGCCGACCAGACAAGGUUAUGGCGACCAAAUGGACUCAGACGAGAGCGACGAAGCACAAUCGUCAGGUAAAGAAUGGAGUGGAAACGAAGACGAACCAGACGAGUCAGAGCCGGACUUUGACGGAGAGGAUGAAGGCGACGACGACGACGACGAGGUUAUGAGUGAUGAGGGCCUCGAACCCGACGAGGUGGAGGAGGAUGAGAAUACUCAAGAAAGUUUGGUUGUGCAACUACGGUAUCGAAAAGAGACUGAGAAGCCUGCGUCCACAACAACGGCACAAGUUGCACCUCCUCAGCCUUCCCACAUGACGAAUGGAACAUCAGCAGCUAUCAAUGGUUUGCACCAAGUGCAGGCUGCACCGAGGCCACUGCAGCCCCUAGGAGAGAUGACGGAUACGAAUAAUGUUGUCCCACGAAACAGCGGGACUGAUGGAGGCCAGCAAAACCUACUUAACGGUGUGAAGAUGACGGGGCACGACUCUCCUCGACCGCCUCCGACGGUCCAUAUCCCAAUCCAGCCCAUGGACAUAUCUUAG